AUGCCGCCGAACGAGGCGCAGCGCGUCGUGCCUUCGCCCCCGCCGCCGCCUGCGCCGGCCCCAGCCGCGAUAGCCGGGGACGCGGCAGCGGGGCUUAUCGCUGAAACUGGACCGCCGCAGCUUGGGAGCAGCAGCGCGGAGUCUCAGGGACAUGGUGCAGGUGUCACCGUGGGGCUGGUGAUCCACAGGCUGAAGCGGAUCGGCAAGCAGCUCGGGAGGCCACGAGUGGAGGAAGAGCUGAUGUUGGGGAGGAUGGUUCUCAGCGACGUCGGACGCUUCCGCUGCUGCCCGGGCGCUGCGCGCUGGCAUCUCAGAAGCCCCGCCGCCAGCGGGGCCACCUCCGGUGGCGGGCGGCAUUCCCUGAACGGGGUGAUCACGUGCCCGCUGUGCCACGAGCGAUCCUCCGAGGCUUGCCCAGGGCUCAUGCGCCCUUUGACCACGACGCACGCGGGCGAGGCGCUCGACGACGGGGCGGUGGCUGUGCUCCGUGCUCUUGACAGAGCGGUGUGCUCGGAUCCUGCAUGCGGAGGCAUACGGCGAAUCGGCAUGACGACGUGCAACAGAUGCAGGCAUUCGACUCCGUUGCGACCGCUGCAGGUUGGCGAUAUCGUUCCAGGCCCUCGAGGCCCGGUCACGCAGUACUGCUGCUUGACCCCCCAGCCGGUGCGCACGUGCCCACAGAGCUGGCCGCCCGUGCCACCCUCUGGGAACGCGGAUGUUACGAGGAACUGCUCUGCCGCGCUGAGGCCCAGGCCAUCCUUCGACGACGGCCUGCGAGCCGGUGUGGACCUGGGGCCGAGGCCCGCGGCCGAGGGGGCAUACCGAAGAGCUGUCCUCACGCUCACUGGGGAGACCGCCAAACUUACGCCAGAGGACGAGGUCAGAUGGGCGGCCGAGCUUGCGCCGCAAGCCCCCCGGCCAGCAGACGCUCGCUGGGUGCCCCAGCCGGCGAUUGCACCCGCCGGCGGCGCUGCAGCGCAGCCAGGGCCAGGGGGCCCCGUGUCGUCCAGCGAUCCGAACGACGCUGCAUCCCAGGACCCGCUGCGGGAUGACCACCCUUUGAAAGGCGCCAGGUUUGCUUGUCUCACGGCGCUGGGGCCGACCGGGACCAGGGCAGAGCAUGCCAAGGAAUGCAUGGGCACAACGCAACGCCCGCUUGCCAACAGGCUGGCCCGCGCCAUGCUGAGAUUCCAAGAGGCCGCGCGUGACGGCAAGCUUGGGACAGAGGCGCGGUGGCUUAUGCGCAAUCGCUCGGUCUUCCUGAAGAAGAAAGGAUCCGCCAAGCCCAAGCCGGUUCGAGUUGGCGAGUUCCUGCGCGCGACAAUGGCCAAGAAGGUGCAGAAGAAGGGAGACGUCUUCGGGCCCGCCGCCUCUGCUCUCACGCUCGGCGACGCCGUGGGCGCGGCCCGCGACGAGCUACAGGGGCAGGCGGGUGGUCGCAUCGGCGCCAGCGCCGUGGACAAAUCGUUCAUCGACGACGGGCAGGCUCUUGUCCGCGUCGAGGUCGCGGAAAGGUGGCUGCGGCGCCUCGAUCAAGCGACCGCUAGCAUCGGAUGCAGCAGGGACACUGGGCCCAACUGCAAAAGCGUCGCGCGACUCCUGUGUCACCCAGACCGCCAGGACCAGCUGCGUGGUUGGGAGCACGGCUACAUCGCCCAAACGUGCAAGGUCCCCGACAACCAGAAAGGCGUCAAAGUCCUGGGGGCCAUGGUCGGAAGCAGCGAAGAGGUCAACCAUCAUUUCCGGAGCACGUGCAAUAAGGUCGUCGCCCAGAGGGUCGCGAUCGGGGGCCUGGAGCAGUCCCAGUGCGAGCUCGUGCUCCACCGCCGCUGCCUCGACGUCUCCAAGGUCGGCUACAUUCUCCGGUGCAACGGGGACUUGGUUAACGACGAGUCCUUGGCUGCAUUCGACGCUUCACUUCGGCGCGGUACGAAGGACGCCCUCCACGGCAAGCUCUUGGAUGAGGGAUGGAUUCAGGCCACUCUCUCUGUGGGCGCUGGUGGACUCGGGUUCCGGGAGGCGCCCGAGAGCGCGCUGCCCGCGUUCAUUGCCAGCCGGGUCGCCUCGCGGCCGCUCGUCGCAGCCAUGCGUGUUCACGUGGAGGAGGAGGUGUUGGGGUCUGCCGCCAGGUGCAUGCGGGAGUACGACAGGCGCGCGCACGCGGCGGCGCAGAGGUGGCGGGGCGCCCUCCCUGCCGGCGUCCACGACGCCGUGCGCGCCCACCUCGAAGAGGCAGCCGCGCUGGCAGAGCGCCGCUGGCGGCCCGGCGCGGCGGCCGUGGCCGAGGCGGGCGCGGAGGACCCCGAGCACCCGGCCGCCCCUCGGGGCCGCGGCGCGCUGCGCCUCCAGCGCGACCUCACCAGAGUGGCGGACCGCACAUUGUCCACUGGACUCUCCCGAGCGCGAGCGAGCGGGGACGCCGACGCUGUGCACCGCCUCCAGGAACUCUGCCACCCGAACCAAUGCCAUGAUUGGCUGUGGGCCAUAUCCCCGCACAAGGGACGGAUUAUGACCAGCGAAGAGUUCGCCCUCGCUGUCCGCAUCCGCCUCGGCGCGGGGGGCCCCGAUGAGGAGGUAGUGUGCGCCAACUGCGGUGAGUGCAUCAUUGGCCCGUCUGGCAGCCACGGGCUCCUUUGCGCCAGAGGCCCCUGCAAUGCCGGACAUAAUGCAGUCCGUGACGACGUGUAUGCAUUCGCCAGCGCUGUCGAUAGCAGUACAGAGCUCGAGCCGAUAGGCCUCGUGAGCUCACGCCCAAUGCUCCGCCCUGCGGACGUUCUGACUGGCGUCCCGGAUCCGUCCGGGCGCUUGGCGGCAUUGGAUGUGGGAAUCAUAGCGCCUAUGGCGGCAGGAGCAAGCGACGACUGCGUGGAGACGAUGGUGUGCCGGAAGCAGCGCCGAGCCGAUGGCUUCCGGAGCGAGCUUGAGGACAGCGGAAUCGAGUAUCGGGUCUUGGCUGUGAGCGCCUUCGGCCGCUUCCACGACGAGUUCCCGAGGGUGCUGCAGUCGAUUGCCCGGGCGCACGCGAGGCGGCGGGGCACGGAGGCGCAUGUGGAAUUGCGCCACGUGCAGACUCGGAUCGCCGUCAGCAUCUGGCGCCGCGCAGCCCGCAUGGCGCGCGCGUGCACGCCGCUGGCCGUCGACGAGGACGCGGUCGACGAGCCCGCGGACGCGGCCGUGGCCGAGAGGAGCGACCCGCCAGCCAGCGCGGCCUGGGCCAUGGCGCGCUCCUCGCGGGGUGGCGGCAGCGGCGGCAGGCGCAGCAGGAAGUACUGGAUGUGCAGCUGCGGAGGGUGGAACUGGGACUGGCGCACCACGCGCCUUGGCCGUGGGUGCGCAGCUCCGCCACGGGCCCUGGAAGCAGCUGCCAAGGCCAAGCCCCAGGCUGACAAGGACGGCUGGGUGGACCAGCCGCGCGGGCGCCGUGCCCAACGGCAGGCCCGCAGCGCGGCUACGAGUGCGGCAACCACCAAGUCGCAGACCUCGGCGUCGGGGGCCAGCGGGACGCCCAGCGGCAGCGACGCCACGGCGAUCGAGAGGCUGCAAGUGGCGGUCGAGCAGCUGGAGGCGCUGCAGGCAGGGCCGCCCGACGGGGUCGAUUGCUGCUUCACCGACGUCGUUGCCAGCCAGCUGGAGGCCAAGCGCGCAGAGCUGGCUGAGGCCCAGCGCGCGGCAGCAGUGCAGAAGGCGCCCCCCAUGCCUCUGUCGGCGGUGCUCCACAAGGAGGCGAACGCCAUUAGCAAGGCAGAGAAGCGCCUCCGAGCGGCGUGCCAGGGCCUGGAGCAGAAGCAAGCAGCACGUGGCAUCGCCGAGGCCCAGCUGCAGAAGGCCCAGGAGGAGCUAGCGCAGCUCGGUGCGGAGGUGGAGGAAGCAAGCCGUGCGCUCCAUGCCCUCGAGGAGGAAGCCCGAGUGGAGGCCGCUGCGCAGCUGCGUCAGCGUGCAGCCGAGUGGGCAGGAGCCAGCCAGGUCCCAGGGCCCCUCAUGCAGCUGGACAAGCUGCCCGAGGCGUGGGGCUCCAGCAACUUCGAAGUGGCAUGGGCGGCCAUUCGCUUCCAGGUGGAGGCGGUGCGUGCGCAGCUCGCCGACGCCCCUGCGGCCCCGAGGAGGGCCGAACGUCGAGGCGACGUCGACGGCGAGUGGCCGAAGGUCGCCCAGGCGUGUAAGCGGGAGCUGGCGGCCGAGGCUGAGGACCUGACCCCUCUUGCUGCUCGCCCUGCUGGCCGCGCCGCUGAGACGGCCCGCCUCGGCGGCAAGCGGGCCCUCGCCCUCGGGAGUGCGCAGGCCCCACCAGCGCCAGGCCAAGCCGCGACGGCAGCUCAGGAUGUCCGCUGCGGGCUGGAGGAGGCCCGCCUGACUCCGCACCGCCUGGAAGAGGCCAGAGGAGCAGUGCUGCGCUUGGGCUUUUCGGCGUUCCUCCAUGCGCCGGCGCCCACGGACAAGGAGGGCCCGCUGGCGAACUCAGGGGGCGUGGCGACCCUGGCGCGCAGCGACCUGCAGGCUGCGGAGAGUGUGUGGGCGACGCCGAGUGGCUUGAGGCAUCGCUUAGUUGGGGUCGCGGUCACCGCGGCAUCUGGGCUGCUGGCCCUGGCGUGCUCGCUGUUUCUACAGGGCGCCCUGGGGCCCAAGGGCAUCAACCUCGACUUCUUCGCGGCCUUCGGCGACCUGGUGCUGUCCGAGGGCAGGCCCUGGCUCGCGCAGGGCGGCUUCAACAUUGAGCCUGGCACGCUGCACCAGCUGGGCUGGCCUCGCGUGCAGCGCGGCACGUACCUGGGGCCUGCCGAGGAGGCCUCGGCUCUGGAUGGCCUUGGGCUGUGCCCGCGCAAGCCUGUGUGGCUGCUGCUGCAGGACGUGAGGCCCGACGCCCUGGUGCAGGUACUUGUGCGUCCUGAACGUUCUCCUGGUGUCGACGCUGUUGGGGGCGAUGUGACGCUGCUGGAAUCCUACCAGACACCGCGGUCCGUUUCCGUUGUGGGCCUGGCCACCGAGUCGUUCUGCACCAACGGGACAGGUCUGGCGGGGAGUGCGUGCGCCACCUUUGUGGCCAGGCUGCCUGGGCUGGCAGCCCUCCGCACCGCCUCAGCGGGCGGCAGGCCGCUGGUGGGCGCCCGCAUCGUCGUCGGCGACAUCGCGAUGCAGGCCGUGGGCACGGAGCAGCUGGCGGCUGCACGGCUCGGCCGCGCUGGGCUGAAAGUGACGCGUCGCCUCCGUGUCCAGCACCCUCCCCUCAGUGCUGCCCAGCCGACCCUCCUCGCGUCGCGCCCCAGCCUUGGGCGCCAGCGCGGGGUGUCCAGGAAGUCGCAAGCCUGGCCCUUCCGUCAGUUCUUGCAGGCCAGGAACAUCGGCACGGACGCCGCCAAUGUGAGGAGAGGAGUGCAUGAGGGACGAGUUCGAGCUGCAGGAGCGCUUCGCCGAGCUCGCAGGCAGGACCCGAUCUGCAAGGCUGGGCCCACGGCCAGCAUGGUGUGCGGUCGCUCGGUCACGGGCAACGCGGACGGUGAGCCGCGCAGAUGGAAGCUUGCGGCCUGCCGCAGUGCAGGAGCGCUCCACAUGGGCGCGGAGCGAGGGCUGUGCUUGCGCUGUGCCGAGCUCAGGAGGAGGCGCAACCUGGAGUAUGCAUCCAGAUGA